AUGCAAUCAUAUCCAUCGUUUGAGAACUUGAUUUGUAAUUCAAUCGACCUAACGUUCUAUGAAGGACCUGGUAUGAAGAAAGCUCUACUGCGUUCUCAGUUGGCUCUCGCUUCUCAAUGCGAAUUAGUUACAUGCAUCUGUAACGAAAUAAGCGAAUGUGAUCCUAUGAAGAGGGCUUCCGGUAACAAGUUAAUAUAUUGGAAAGGUUUGAAAUUCUCUUCGUUUUUCUAA